ACCGUCAGCGCGCGCGUCACGCGGCGGCCGCCAAGAUGGCGAAGGUGUCGGAGAUGUACGACGUGACCUGGGAAGAUAUGCGUGAUAAAAUGAGGAAAUGGAGGGAAGAAAACUACCGAAACAGUGAACAGAUAGUGGAUGUUGGAGAAGAGUUAAUUAAUGAAUAUGCAUCUAAACUUGGAGAUGACAUUUGGAUAAUUUAUGAACAGGUGAUGAUUGCUGCCCUGGACUGCAGUCGAGAUGAUCUGGCAUUGUUUUGUCUUCAGGAACUAAGGCGGCAAUUUCCUGGGAGCCACAGAGUUAAACGAUUAACUGGAAUGCGAUUUGAAGCUAUGGAAAGGUAUGAUGAUGCUAUCCAGUUAUAUGAUAGAAUUUUACAAGAAGAUUCAACUAAUACAGCAGCAAGAAAGCGUAAGAUUGCCAUUCGAAAAGCCCAGGGGAAAAAUCUCGAGGCCAUCCGAGAGCUGAAUGAGUAUCUGGAACAAUUUGUUGGAGACCAAGAAGCUUGGCAUGAACUUGCAGAGCUUUACAUCAAUGAACAUGACUAUGCAAAGGCAGCCUUCUGCUUAGAGGAGCUUAUGAUGACUAAUCCACACAACCACUUAUAUUGUCAGCAAUAUGCUGAAGUUAAAUACACUCAAGGGGGUCUUGAAAACCUUGAGCUAUCAAGAAAGUAUUUUGCACAAGCACUGAAGCUUAACAACAGAAAUAUGAGAGCUCUGUUUGGACUUUACAUGUCUGCCAGUCAUAUUGCUUCCAAUCCAAAAGCAAGUGCAAAAAUGAAAAAGGAUAAUAUGAAAUAUGCCAGCUGGGCAGCAAACCAAAUAAACAGAGCAUACCAGUUUGCAGGUCGCAGUAAGAAAGAAACUAAAUACUCUUUAAAGGCAGUGGAAGACAUGCUGGAGACCCUGCAAAUCACUCAGUCUUAGUUUGGCACAGAGAUCCAAUAUGAAAUUUUUCAAUACUGUGCUCAACCUGUGGGUUAUGUUACUGUAGUGCUGUUAAAAGUUAAUUUUGUAUUGAUUAAUGUACUAUAUAAGAUAACAUUUUAUGAAAAGUAAAAUGCCUAUUUAUUGCUGCUAUAAGAAAUGUGAUGAAUACCCACUGAAAUGAAUAACUUAUCCACAUAGACAUCAUAAAGAAAUUACAUGCUGCACAUAAUUUUCUUCAGAUUUUUUGUAUCUACAGUACCUGCUUCUAAGCCAUAAUUUGUAGAAAUAAACUUGUUAAAUGAUUUUAAAAAAUAGUGAUUUAUUGUUCUUGCAAAUGGAAAUUAUGAAUUUAUAUAUGUAGAUUAAUAACAUAUGUUAAACAUUUUUGUCUUAUUUGCAUAUUUAAGAGUAAAAAGCAUGCUACUGAUGUGCAUUUUCUGGAAAAUGUUUACCAUACAGCAAGGAGUUAUUAUGAACACACUUCAGUAGAGAAAAAAAAGUUGUUGUUAACGGUUUUCUUAAUGAGUUGAUAUCCAGUACUGUAGAAAAGGAGAAAACUUGCUCGUGUACUUGGCUCCAGAGGUGCUCUUGUGCUGGCUUAUGGCCAAAGACAUUUUUCUCUGUCGUUUUGUGGGCAAAUGCUUCCAUGUCCAUGUAAUUCUCCAAUCAGUAUAUGCAUAUGCACUUUUUUUAUUCCUUCUCCUUUGUUGCACAUAUGUUCCACAUCAUGAAUUUCAAAACCACCUGAAUGCGAGCCUGCGUGUGCCUGUGUGUGCCCAUCCUGUGCCUGCGUCUGGGCACCCCUUCGCUGUGGGGAACUGGUGCAUGAUCGGCGCAGAAACCAGGGGGAACUGCCCUGCAAGGGUGAGAUGGGACAGCUUGUUCAACUGCUGUGUAUUGGCUGGAGGAUGGUGUUUGUCACACCAUCAGCAUGAAGCAUCUAGCACACUGUAAAUCUAUACUGUGUUUGUCUUUAGGCACUGGUUUAUUUACUCAGAUAAUUAGUCAAACACCCUAAUUCAUGCAUUUUGGAGCUCUGAUCGUUCUGGACGUUGUUCAGAUGUGUACUGUGGUGAUCCAGUUGCACAGCUGUCAUCUCAUUUAUUACAGCAAUCUUCAGUAAGAUUGCAUAACGGCAGCAAUGUACCCUUGGCAAAUUCUAAUAAAAAUACUGCAAUGUAGUUUUCAUGACUGUCACCAUCAUGACUUGACUUCUAGAUUUUAUACUGCCUGCUCUGUAUAGAUGGGUAGGUUAAAGGCUGUAUACCAAAAUGUCCUUUUUAUGAUCCUGGACUUGAUGUAGUGAAACAAACCUGAGUUUCACUCAAAGAACAAAAACUUUCUUUGUGAGUUCAAAGCUUGGGAAUGUGUAUAACUGACCUGGUUGUUGCCUGAGACUGAGCCUUUAAGAAACACGUAAGAUCUCACUCCUGUUAUCCAUAAAGUAGGUUGGAGUAUGAUAGUGGGACAGGAUGGGUGCUAUGCCAUGGGAAUUAAUUGUAUGUGGAAUCCUAAAUUAACCUAAUUCACUACUGUUGAAAUACAAAACUGGAAAUACUGCAUAAUGUUAUAUUAAAUUAUCCAAUUCUAACCUGAGGGAAUAGUGCAGAUCCUUUUAUAAUAAUAAUUCAAAAACUGGCCUCCAAACAGUAUCUGUGGCUAGAUUGUAUAUGUUUUGGGUGGAAAACCAAGAAAGUAUCGUAUGUGAGCCUGUGUAUUUCUGUUCAGACUUGUAGUCUUUGACUGUAGGAGUGUGCCAUCUAGAGUUUUAGGCCCUCGUAGGUGUUUUUUUUUCUCUUUUAUCUACAUUUCAUGUAACUUGGUUGCAUUAUAAAAUUAAAAAUGGUGUGAAGCUGUACUGAAGACUAAAAUUACUUAGCAGUGCAUAACAUUUUAUCUCCAAGGUAUUAAAAAACAGCAGUGCGGUAUUUUUGUGCAGCUGGUAUCUGUGCUGCUGGGAUGUGUUAUGUGUGUUUUAUUCAGAGGCAACUUUUAACAUAAUGUCAGACUUGGUUAUGUAGUAUAUCAGUUUCUCCAUAAGGAAAUUUGUUCUGUUUCUUGUUUUCAGUGAUCUGAUGAAAAAUUUCAUGUCAUUUGGCUGCUUAGAACCUUUUCACUACUGCUUAUCAUCUUUUUGAAAUUACUGUUUAGCACUCUGAUUUGUGCGUGUAUUUUGGCAUAAUUUCCACAUAGUAGAGCUUACAGGUUGACCUUGCAAAUAUUUCUGACAAAUUCAACUUUACUUCAAAGGUAAAAUAAAUUACUCCUAUGAAAAUG